AUAUCAACUCGAUAAGGCCUCGGUGAUCGUAUUAAAAGCCCAGGUUGGUCACACGUCUCCAGAACAGCAGCAGCCACCAUGGUGAAGGCACGCAAAAUCGUACUCGUCCGACACUUCGAAGGGCAGCCUCGAACCGAGGACUUCCGCAUCGAGGAGGAGGAUCUGCCGCCCGUCAAGGAAGGACAGAUCUUGGCCGAGGCAGUCUACUUUAGUGUCGACCCUUUCCAGAAGUCUCACAGGGCUAUGCACAAAGUGGGCGACACGUUUUACGGCGCUCAGGUGGCGCGGAUCGUGGAGAGCCGUGCUCCCGGCUUUCCAGUGGGGCGACACGUCGUGGCGUACUGGGGAUGGCGCGACCGCACGGUGGCCGAUGUGGGCUCCAGUAGGCCAGAGCCCCCCCUGUACGUACCACCGCCCAGGUUGGUGCCACACCUGGGGGACCUGCCCCUGUCGCUGUCCCUGGGAGCCCUAGGCAUGCCAGGCAACAGCGCCUACUUCCCGCUGCUGGACAUCUGCAAACCCAAGCCAGGAGAGGUGGUCGCAGUCACUGGCGCUGCCGGGGCUGUCGGCAGCGUAGUGGGCCAGAUAGCGCGCAUCAAGGGCUGUACUGUCAUCGGCUUCGCCGGAUCUGAUGCCAAGGUGAAAUGGCUGAAGGAGGACCUGGGCUUCCAUCACGCUUUUAACUACAAGAAGACAGACGUGUCCACCGCCCUAAAGCAGGCUGCCCCAGACGGUGUCGACGUGUACUUCGACAACGUGGGAGGCGACAUAAGCACCGCAGUCAUGAGCAACAUGCGGUAUCGCGGCCGUAUCGUCGUGAUCGGCGCCAUCUCUCAGUACAACGAACUCGAGCACCAGAAGUUGGUCAACCUGCCGUUCUCAUUUCUUGCGCAACAGCUCCGACUGGAGGGUUGCGCGGUUGCACGGUAUCACGACCGCUGGGAAGAGGGCAUCAGCCAGCUGACGAAAUGGGUCAAGGAGGGUAAACUCAAGUACAGGGAGACCGUGACCAAAGGCUUUCAAAACACUCCUAAAGCCUUCAUUGGUAUGCUGCGAGGUGAGAACUUCGGGAAAGCUGUUGUCAAACUGUGAACAAUGCGGGCGUAGCAGACGUGCGUGUCCACAAACAGAGGCAAAGACAAUUUCUUUUAACAUUUCACACAGGAAAUAUGAAAUCUGCUGUGCACAACUGGGUUCACAUAUUUCGCUGGAAACUGACUUCAAAAUUUUACUUUCGGAACAUCGGCGUUUGUUAUUUCAUUAAAAUAAUUAUAAUGUUGAACUUUUUCUACGCUUUUUUGUUUGAAUUGAGUUGAUAAGCCUACACAGAGGCGCCUUAAGAGUUUUACUCGACACAACUGAAAAUGUUUCGAAAGGACUGUCACGUGUUUUGAUCAAAUUUAGAAUCUGUAAUAAAAUACAAAGAAACGAUUGAAUGCGAAAGGACAUCACCUAGUCAUUAUCAGUAAUUGUUUUCAGUAGUGCUGUUCAUAGCUACUUACAACACAUACAAUAUAUAACACAUAUACUUACACCAAUUGUAUCACUGAACUUUGAAUUAAAGCCACUUACGCAGGCAACAACAAAUGUUUCUAGCUUUUAGCAGUGUCUGCAUUACAAAUUUCACGUUGCCAGUGCAAGCAGGAAGAGUGUGUUACCAACUCAGACCCACUAAUAUUGUCUGAGUACUUUGUAAGUAGGCUGUUUAGGUUUUCUUAUUGGCAACACCACGUAGCGCUCUGUAUGAAAAUCACUGGCUAUGCUGUGUGCAGUCUAUGGCUAGUUUGCAUUGUUGUAAUACUCGCCAUUGUAAUGUUGGGAAGAUGGAUGUGAACAGCGCGUAGCGUUGCGCAGCUGGAGGUGAGCCGCCAGCAGUGGUGGAUGUGGGGAGAGAAAUGGCGGAGUUUUGAAAUUUUUAAGACUGAAUGUCAUUAACUGCUAUAUAUAUUACGACUUUUGAAUACUAUUAAGGUAAAUACAUUGUUUGUUCUGUA